CACGGCGCGAGAAGAGGGAGGGUUUAAGAUUCGAAGCGCAGGCACUUGUGGCGAUUUUGGGAUUCGCCUCAAAUCCCUAAAUUGUUAGGCGUAGUAGCAUCGCGAGAGCCGAUGGGGGUUUGAGGUGCAUACGCUUGUCUUGUCUUGUGCGCGAGGAUGCUUCAUGGUUCCCGGAUGUUUCGGUCUGUAAAUCUAGGCCGGAUUUAACUCUGACUUAGUGCGUGCUGGAUUCCUCGAGGACAAUUGAUGGUUGCGGGUUCGAGCUGGUUUGGGUUGUUUGGGUUCGGUAAAUUGGUGUCAGAGGUGAGGAGCCGGAUCAGAUCGGGAUCGGGUUAAGUUGGAGUUGAUGAAGAGGAAUUGGUGGGUGAUCUGAGUGGAGGGAGCACUGGGCAGGAUGAAGAGGAGUUUGUGUCUGGCAAGACGCCUGCCUUCAUGCGUGUGUUGGAAUUCGAGGGAUGUCAUACCGUCGUCUUCAGCAAUUUGCUCUGUUUCAGCAACUGGAAACCUUCCAAUUCCCAACUUCAAACGUAGACUCAGCGGAGAAAGAUUGAGAGUCCAGCAUGAGAAUUCUGAAAAACGAUGUUUACCCCUGGGAACCCGGGUUACAGCUGAAGAGAAUCGUAACGCGCUGCUUUCAAAUGCAAGUUCAUUGGCAGCCGAUGAGAGAAGAGAGCAGAUUUUUAUUUCUGACACAGAGCAUCACCGAAUAAUUGUUGUAAAUCAAGCCGGAAAUAUCCUAGACUGUAUUGGAUCUUCUCCUGGUUUUGAGGAUGGGACUUUUGAGAACGCUAUGCUGUGUUGUCCAUCGUCUACGGUCUACGAUGAGCUCAAUGACUGCCUUUACAUUGCCGAUUCCAAGAAUAAUGUCAUUCGUAGGGCUGAUCUGAGCAAGAGAACUGUAGAUACUGUCGGUCGAAAUAUGGACGACAGUGAGAGUCCACUGUGGAGCAGAAUCUUGAAGUGGAUGCGAGGAUUUGGAUUUGUCUCGAACAAGAAACCCCAGCAGCAGACGGAAGAGAUCACCGACGGAGCAAGAAACAAAACAACUUUGAGCAAUCCUUGGCACCUGAAUUUAGCGGUAAAUGGGUCCCUUAUAGUUGCAAGUCGUGGCUUUGAAUCAUCGUGGGUCCUUGACCCCAUUACCGGAGAGUCGUCCAAAAUCUCUUGCGAAGGAUCAGAAGCUGUUCAUGAGGAUUAUGAGAAAAAGUUAUUUGCUUCGAAAGAGAAGGCCGAUACCUUUAAUUUCAUAAGAAAAAGUUCACUCACAGAAAGUACCUUAAGACCGUAUUCCUCGACGGACAUGGUUUCACUUGUUGCGAAAAUACACCAAAACCUCUUUUUUUUAGAAACAGAAGGUCACGUAGUCCGGAAAAUGGACUUGCAGACAGGAAGCACAACGACUCUUAAGCUGUCGAACUUUGGCUGUUUGGGGUUUCCCUCUUGGUGGUUUAUUCAACCUCUUAGCCUUCUAACCGCCGACAGGGAUAAUGUCUCAACUGCUCCAUCAACAUCUCAGGAAGACAACAUUUUGUGUCAUGAAAUCCAGCUUCAACCAGGUAGGUGCCUCGUCUGCAUUGACCCAGUUCUUCCGGAGGGAAUGGCCUUGGCAGCUCCCGUCGAUGAUAAAGCGGUCUUGAGGCAAGCUAGGGGCAGUGUAGUAGACUUAAGUAUGUUCGGCGGACGACUCGUGUCACACAAGGUACACCGUGGAUCAUGUUUGGAGUAUACACAAAACAUUUUAUGAUAUCGAUAAAACUUCCCAUUUCUGGUGCCCAACAAUGGGUCGAUGAUUUCGAGGAUUUAGAAGCUGAAGACGAGAGUUUUGAUGAGCUGGUUGGACCCCUGAAAUCUGAAUAUGGGUUACCUCUUUAUACGUUCAUCGAUGCCAGCCUCGGUUCUGGAGAGGUGCAAGUGGAUGCGGUGCUUUAUUUAAAACCUUCGGGUUCAGGGAGCACUAAGGUGGUUUCGAGAACGGAUCCAAUCAAAACCAGUUCAACGGAGACACACACUAUGCACAGUUUUGACGCUGCGGAUAAUGACUAUUAUGUGUGUCUAAGACAUCUGCAUGUCCGUGUGAGGAUUGAGGUAACAACAACGGCUUCGAGUGAGCGGACGAAUCUCAUAAGUGUACAGGUGUGAUUGAGAAGAUGUUUCGAGGGUAGUAAGUGGUGCGCAUCUGCUUUCUAUGUGAAGGUUCUUCAACUGCCCCGACAGAGUUUGAGCAGCCCCAGCAGAGUUCCCUGGUUUGAGUGAUUGAGAGUCCAGGGGCUUGAAAUCCCUCUCCUCUGAGUUACGCAAGCAGCCCACUGCUCAUGAGGGAAAUGUGAAUUGUAUCCUUCCCCUGUCUCGGUUUCCAGCAUCUGCUCCAAAACUCCACCUGGGUGUCAAGAAGCAAGUCUCAGGAGACACUGAGGAGACGAUUUUUGACUCAAGGCCACUAAUAUACGCUAAUAUCUCGUUGAGUCGGAAGGACCUGGAGAGUCAAUGCAUUGCAUGCCAGGAACGCAGAAGUUGAUUGUUAGUUUCCCCUCAGCAGAUUUGCUCAGGAGUAGCUUUAGGUGAGUCCUCGGUGGGAUGGUUUCAUGCCCACACGUCUGCACGCCCAUGAAAGUCAUCAAAGGUCUCAAGGUGUUCCCUCUCGCACCAUUAUGCAGACGGAACUAAGAAUUGUUGAAUAUGCAUUUAUGAGCUUCGAGGAACCACGCAUGCAUGCAUGCCACCAUUGCCAUGACUACCC